UUUGUCGUAGGUCGGUUAAAUAUUAUUUAUUUGCUGCAGCCACUAUUUGUGCCCAAAAUUUAAAAAUACCAAUAGUGUUGCUUGGAGUAAAAUAUUAUGCCCAAUUAAGUGCUAUUAAGUUCAGUUAAAGUGUCACGAAAAUGUUCAGCUUUGGUAAAAAACCGGAGCCACCGAAGAGGGCCCCAAAGAAACGAGAUCCGUCGGAGUAUGGAAUGUUCGGAUUGGGAGAUGAUAUGUCCGGGAUUGGAGAUGAUGAGGAUGAUGAUGACGAUGACGAUGGAGAUUUGGAGGCAGAACUUGCUGCUAUUACUGCUGGGAUUGGUGGCAAAGCGAGACCAAAACCAAAACCUAAAGGUGGAGUUGUGGCUCCGGAGGCGUUAGAUGCCAUGGUAGCUGCAAGUUUGAGGGAUGUUGGCAGCGAUGACGAAGAUUCGGAUGUAGAUGAUAAUGACUUGAUGGGGGAGUUAGCGGAAUUAACCGGUGGAGAUGCUGUCCAGGAAGAAUCUUCCGUUGAGAAAGGCUCCCCGCCAAAGAAAGCUGCAUCUGGCGGAAACAGUGUGAAGGAUUUAUUAAAGGCAAGAAUAGAGAUGUACAAUACCGCCGAAGAGAACGCCAAAAAAGCCGGAGAUUCUUCCAAAGCUAGAAGGUUCAACCGGGGUUUGAAAACCUUAAAGGAUUUGUUAAAGCAAGCUGAAGCUGGCAAGACCGUUGAUGCAAAUGAAAUACCACCAGAAGUCAGUGUUAAAGUUGCAGGUGCAGUUGCUCCUAAACCGGAAACUCCAGCUGUUGAAUCACCUACGAUUACUCCCCCUGUUCCUGUAAGACGAGCUCCCGCUCCUCCGCCGGUUGAUCCUGCUCCAAUAUUGAAACCAACCAUCAGUCCUCAAUCUAUUGCUGAACCUUCAAAAGAGAAACCAUCGCCAGUGCUAGAACCUAUGAUAGCUGGCCCUUCAAAGAUCUCCGAGGGGAAUCCAAAACUGAAAAUGCUUAAUGAGAGAAAAGCCCAAUAUAAAAAAGCCGCCAUAGAAGCAAAGAAAUCAGGAAAUAACGAAAAAGCUAUCCAGUUUAUUAAAAUAGUCAAACAAUUUGAAAACGUUAUUCAAGCUCUUGAAAGUGGACAAGAAGUGGAUCUCAGCAAAAUGCCUCCACCUCCCUCGAAUGUAGAUCAGAAAUCGACAGGGCCACCAGUUCCUCCUAGACCCAGCAAAGAAAUAAACGAAAUCCAGAAACAAGCGGAAGUGCCUUCUCCGUCAUUAACUAUUUCUCAACAGGACGAAGCUGAACCGGAACCAGAAGAAGAAUUAAUUCAAGCUAGUACCGUUUUGGAAGCCCUCGAACAGCGACUGGAAAAGUUUAAAUCAGUUGAAAAAGCCGCCAAGGAUGAAGGAAAUGCUUCCAAAUCACGUCGGAUCGGAAGGAUUGUCAAGCAAUAUGCAGAUGCAAUUAAACUGCACAAGGCAGGAAAACCAAUUCCCAUCGAUGAACUGCCAACUCCACCCGGGUAUGGACCAAUCCCAGUGGAAGGAACCGAAGGAAAGCCAAAACCCUCGGAAUCGUCACCAAGACCUACUCCGAGCGCGAAUGCAGUAAGUCCAUCUGUUCCUGUGCCGAGUGCAGUUCCCGGACCAAGUCGUGAAACAAAACCAGCUACCCAGAACGCCAAACAAAUAGCAGCUCUUCUGGAACGGCAAAAAGAGUUUCGCCAAGCCGCCAUGGAAGCGAAAAAGUCCGGUGAACUAGAAGAUGCCAAAGAGUAUCUGCGAGUAUUCAAAGGUUUGGAAAAGCUUAUCGAAACGGCGCGUGGAGGAAUUCCAAUCGAUAUGAGCACUAUUCCCAUUGCACCUGGGAAACGAAACGCUUUGGAGGACAGCUUCACCAUUGUGGCCCAGGAGGAUUGCACUCCGGCCGAUGAUGCCGAUAUAGACAUCAAUACCCGACUGGAAGAACAACUGUCAAAGCAGUUGAUUAUGUGCCGUAACACGAGAGAUCAUCACCGAGCUAUGGGCGAUGUAGCCGGAACGAAUCGGUUCGAAAAUUUGGCGCUGAGUGUCCAGAAAGAUCUAGACUUUGUGCGGCUGGCACAUCGAAAACGAUUGCCUGUUCCAAAGUUCCAUUAUGAAAUGAAGCUGUUCAACGUAGUGAAGUGUAAUACAGAUCUAACGGACAACGAGGUGGAGGUAUCCAUCGUCCGGGGCAUAAACUAUAAUGUUCCGAAUCCGAAAGACGUUGACACCUAUGUGAAGAUCGAGUUCCCUUAUCCGCAGGACGAUCCCUUCAAGGCACGAACUAAUCUUAUAAAAGAUACCGACAAUCCGGAUUACCAGCAUUGUCAGAGCAUCGAAAUUCAGCGCGCACAACGCGCCUGUCAGCGAAUCUUCAAACGGCAAACAAUGAAGUGCGAAGUCUAUUCCAAAGGAUGUUGGGGUACUGGAUGUUGUCAUCAGUGGCCAUGCUGCUUUGGCCUUUGCUGUGGCCACCGCCGUCUAUCAGAGUCGUCAUCUAGCCGUGCUGCACCCGAAUCAACGAGUAUUUUUUCCUUUUCCUGUUUUAGAGGUUUUCUUCGCUCGGAUACGCUCAUCGGGACGAUACAGGUCAAGCUGCAGCCCCUGGAGACGCAGUGCGAGAUCCACGAUGCCUUUCCGCUGAUGGACGGCCGCCGGACGGUGGGUGGAAAGCUGGAAGUAAAGAUACGUGUCCGGAAUCCGAUCCUGACGAAGCAGAUCGAACAGAUCAACGAAAAGUGGCUGAUUAUCGAUGCAUGAAUGGGCCAAUGAGAAGAUGGGAGGAAGAAAUUUCCCCGCACAGCUGCCUCGUUAAUUUGCUUUUAAGGGAUAUCUUAUGUGACGAGCUGCCGACAACACGUAUCACCACAUACGAGUAAAACAAAGUGAGAUUCAAUGUUUGAAUAAGGGAAAGCUAGUGUUACGUUUUCGCACCGCACAUUGGACGGGUUCGAAAGUUCUCGAAGCUUUUUUUUAUCGUGUUUUCAACAGCGAUAGUGCUAAACUUACAGAAAGGUUGGUUGUUAAGCUGGAAUUGAUGGAUUGAAUCCCUCGACGGCAAUUAUUAUAUUUGAAAAAAAAAAAAAAAAAACAGUUGAAUCAUUGAUGGAGUCAUUUUCAGUGUUUGGUUUUACAUUUUUUGUUAGGAACAUAUAAAGU